CCGCCCGGCGCGCGCUGGGGCGACGACCGCGGGAGUCGCUGCUGAGGCGGCCGCGGUGCGGGUCGCGGCGGCGCGUCUCCCGGGCCGGCCCGGGCUGGCGGCGGCGGGUGCUCGGCGGCGAGGACGGGCUCCCGGGCCGACGCGAUGGCGCCCACCUAAGGCGGUGUGGGAGGUGACUGGGCUCAGCAUGCCGGCGCGGCGGCGCGGCGGCUCUUCGCUGGUCGCAGGAUUUGAAAUACAUCAUUCCCUGCCCGUCUGACCUUCAGAGUUUCUGCUGAGAAAUCUGCUGCUCCUGUGAUGGAUAUGCCUUUAUAUUAAUCAUCUUUCUGAAGUAGAAUCUCCAUGGCCUGAACAUUUUUUGAAAAUCAUUUUGAGCAAAGCAUUUGUUUAAUAACAAGAUAACCAUAUCAAGAUGGUUGGAAAAUUGAAGCAGAAUUUACUACUGGCAUGUCUGGUGAUCAGUUCUGUGACAGUAUUUUACUUGGGCCAGCAUGCCAUGGAAUGCCAUCACCGAAUCGAGGAACGUAGCCAGCCAGUCAAAUUGGAGAGCACAAAGGCCACUGUGCGAACCAGCCUGGACCCUAAAGUCAACAAGACCUUUGCCUAUCACAAAGAUAUGCCUUUGAUAUUUAUUGGAGGUGUGCCUCGGAGUGGAACCACCCUCAUGAGGGCCAUGUUAGAUGCGCACCCUGACAUUCGCUGUGGAGAGGAAACCAGGGUCAUUCCUCGGAUCCUGGCCCUGAAGCAGAUGUGGUCGCGGUCCAGUAAAGAGAAGAUCCGCCUGGAUGAGGCUGGAGUCACUGAUGAAGUGCUGGAUUCCGCCAUGCAAGCCUUCUUACUGGAGAUCAUCGUUAAGCAUGGGGAGCCAGCCCCGUACUUGUGUAACAAAGAUCCCUUUGCCCUGAAAUCCUUAACUUACCUUGCCAGGUUGUUCCCUAAUGCCAAAUUUCUCCUGAUGGUUCGAGAUGGCCGGGCAUCAGUUCAUUCAAUGAUUUCUCGGAAAGUGACUAUAGCUGGGUUUGACCUGAACAGCUACAGGGACUGCUUGGCCAAGUGGAAUCGAGCCAUAGAGACGAUGUACAACCAGUGCAUGGAGGUUGGUCACAAGAAGUGCAUGCUGGUCCACUAUGAGCAGCUCGUCCUCCAUCCGGAGCGGUGGAUGAGGACCCUGCUGAAGUUCCUCCACAUCCCGUGGAACCACUCAGUGCUGCACCACGAGGAGAUGAUUGGGAAAGCUGGGGGAGUGUCACUGUCAAAGUCUACAAAGGAGAAUUCCAACUACCUGACUUUCUUAAGGACAAACCCCAGACCGAGCAAGCGGAGUAGCAGAGUCUGGAACCUCCUUCACCCCUGGAGGAGAGCCGCAGACCAGUGGAGCGCAGCCCUCGCCGAAGAGCCCAGGGACCGCGCUCCUAGCACUGCUCCUGUCCUCAGCUCUCUGAACGAUUCCAGACUCCUUCUCGAGGGAGCUGGAAAAGGCACCCGUGAGCACAGUGGGCAGCCCGUGUUGGGUGGCCCGAGCUCGUCCCGUGUUGUGAGAACACUUGUGCCUGUUUAAGUGUAUUGAUGUGGAUAAUAUUAAAUACCUUAAUUAUUUAAGUAAUUCAUCGUACUGUUUCUGAGAAGUUGGGAAAUUACUGUAUACAUUUACAGCUUAAUGACUUUUGUAUUUUAUUUUUCAAAAUAAAAGCUUUGAACGUGA